GACGGAUAUAGCACGGUGGUUAUUUGAUAACAUACCAGCUGAACGCGAAUCGUCAUGGCAGGUUGAUUCAGCUGCUGCAACGCUCACGUUCAGUCCUUUCACGACUAAACAAGGGCUGCUUGAUCUCGGUGACCGUAUCGGUAUUUCGACGUUCCUGGUAAUCGCAUCUUCUUUGUAAGUGGACUCAGUUAACAGCUUUAUAUCAUUGAAUGGUUUUUGAGGCACGCACAAAACUGAUCUAAUGGUAUAAUAGGGAGACGUUUUUCCGGCAGCUCGACAUACUCGACAACUGCAUGACCGGUAUUGACUCUGAUAAACUAUGGUGGCGACGGCUCGUCUUGAUCGUCGAUCAGGCCACGUCCAGUGAAAUGAUGCAGCAGCGCGAAAAAGUAUUACAUGACCAACUGCCCCAGAUUCUGGAACGUUAUGGAAUGACACAUACGCCAGCGGUGAUGUUUGUCAGCUCUUCGGGAAAACAGUAUGCCGAAUACACUUUGCAAUGCAAACAAGUGCUACGGCAAUUGAUCGAUUCAAAUCAUCGACUGGGGCGCUGGCGUCCUGACGAAGAUGAAGACGAUUUCUUGGAUGCUGCUGUCAUUCAUUUAACCCCACAAGGCAAAAUGCCUGUUCGAUCUAUGACGCGAUACAACAAAUAAUCGCUCUCUUCUUUUAUAUAACAUAUAUCCAACGCUACUUAUCAUACUACUAUUUUAUCUUCUCCACCAUUAUUACCAUCCUUUAUUCCCCUUCUAUAAUCACAUGUAUCAGCAGCACCUUCUUCUUUCUUAUCUUGUUCGCAUUACCAUUCUUAACCCCUUCAACAAGCAUGUCAUCCCACUGCCACUUUGACCUACUCACCCGUAACACGUAACAUGUACAACACGCAUACCCGCAUGCACAAUAUAUACUCAGUUAACACUCUUGUAAGAAAACGAGAACCGACAACAUGAUGCUACUAUCAGUAAAGAGCAAUGCAAAAGAAGAUAUACCAUUUGAGC